AUGGUCCUUGCACACAAGGCCGUGAGGGAUAAAGUGCUCUGGAAAAUAGUCAUGGCCACGCCCGACGAAGUGGUGCUCUUUGACCUCGGAGCAGGUCAAGCCAAAGGAUCAAGGAAUAACCAGGAAGAUCGAUGCACGGUCAUCCUGCCGGAGCAGUUCCCCGCCGAAACGAAGGACAGGCUAGUCUUCCUUGCAAUAUACGAUGGGCAUGGGUCUGCAUGGGUGGCAGAGCACGCCAGCAAGAAGUUACACCAUCUCUUGGCUAAGCGACCCGAAUUGAAGAAAGGGGACUACGGCGCAGCCCUCAAGGCUGCAGUGGCAGACGAGGACGCUCUGUUGCUGGAGGCAUUCAAGCAUGAUUCAGCCGAGCCUGCGACCUCCGGAUCGACUGCAGCAGUAUGUCUGGUGAACCUCACACAAGGUGAAUUAAUCGUCUCCAACCUAGGCGAUUCGCAUGUUAUCCUGGCGGAGAGAGAUCCCAAAACAGAGCGUCCCUAUCAUAUCCGCCGACUCACGGAAGAGCACAAGCCCGAAGAGCCCAGAGAACGACGACGUAUCGAAGAAGCCGGGGGCGAAGUCGCUAUGCGUAGUGGCAUUGCCCGGCUCGGGUCUCUUAAUAUGUCGCGGGCUCUAGGCGAUUUGCAGUACAAGAACCCUGUCAAAGAGAGACAGGACUCAAAUCCCUGGCCCGGGGUCCGGCGCGGUUCGUCGUCAUCGGCAGGGGAUCUCCUGUCCAACGACCCAUUUACGUCGCGACGAACGCUGCAGGCGGACCGACGCUAUCUGCUAGUGAUCGUAUCGGAUGGAGUCAGUGAUAGCACCGAGGAUGCAGCCCUGAUUCAACACGUGAUGAAUUUAGCAAUGCGGGGAAGGCGGGCCAGUGAGGUCGCACAAGAGGUUGCCACUAAAUAUACUCGUCAUGAGAGGAGUGAUAAUGCCUCGUGUGUCGUGGCCAUGUUAGAUGGGCAGAGAUCGUAG